CUUGUCUUUGCCCAGUUGUUCGUCUCCUUCCCCGCUUCUCGCCUCCCCUCUUUCGUCAUUUCUUUCUAGGUUUUCCUGUCGACGCGUCGCAUUCCGGUCGCAUCUGUGCGCCUUAUCCUGCCACCAUGGCGGCCAACAAGCAGGGAAAGAUGCAAAACCUCAUCAAUUAUCGGAUGAGGGUUACCCUGAACGACGGCCGACAGAUGACGGGCCAGAUGCUUGCCUUUGAUAAGCACAUGAACCUCGUCCUCGCCGACACGGAAGAGUUCCGUCGCGUCAAGCGCAAGUCGAAGCCUACCGCGGGCCCCUCCAACACACCCCUCGUGGAAGCCGAAGAGAAGCGAACGCUUGGUCUGACGAUUGUGCGUGGAACUCACGUCGUCUCGUGCUCGGUGGAUGGUCCCCCGCCCGCCGACCCCUCGUCCCGCUUGGGAUCCAAUGUCCCCGGUGCGGCUUCUGCUGCUGCGACCCUCUCCGCUGGCCCUGGCAUUAGUAAACCCGCUGGCCGGGGCCUUCCCGUCGGUCUGGGCGGUCCUGCCGCUGGCGUGGGCGGUCCUCCCCCUCCGCCGGGCGGUUUCCCGGGUUUCCCCCCCGGUGGCUUCCCCGGCGCUCCUCCGGGCUUCGCUGGCCGCGGUGCUCCUCCUGGUGGACCUCCUGGCUUUGGCCCUCCUCCCGGAUUUGCGCCCCCGGGCGGCCCUCCGGGCGGAUUCCAACCUCCUCCUGGAUUCCAGCCUCCGGGACAGGGUCGUGGGUUCCCUCCCCCUUUCGGAGGACGGUGAUUUGAUGGGAUAUGGAAACGGCGUGAUCGCUUCAGGUCUCCGACGAUCAUGAGAGAUGUAUGCUGGCUACGCGUAGCUGGGGAAAUCCACCACCGAAGAAAGAAUACGGAAUCAUUUAUCACUCAUCAACCAUGCGGACUGGAUCAGUAUCGCACCCCGAACAUACCAGGCAAAAGGCGUUGCGGCGUGUGCGGAUGCAGGGAGAGCCAGAAAAGUCGAGAGCGGUCCUAGACCGGUAGCGGUAAUGCUAGACGUGAUUUCUACUUUCUGUGAUUUGUGAAUUAUAAUCAUUUGGG